GGCGGAGGCGGCGCGGGGCGGGACCAGGCCCCCGGUCCUCGGUCAAGUGACACCGAACGGCUUCCCCGGCUGACGGCAGAGCCGGGAGGCCCGAGAGUGGACAUGCCGGAGGUCGUUCGCCUCCUCGCCCUGCUGCUGGUGCCGCUGCUGCUGGGCUCUGCGCGUGGUUUGCACAACGCCACCCAGAGAACAUUCCAGAUCGACUACCGCCAUAACCGCUUCCUCAAGGAUGGCCAGCCCUUCCGCUACAUCUCCGGAAGCAUUCACUAUUUCCGUGUGCCCCGCUUCUACUGGAAGGACCGGCUGCUGAAGAUGAAGAUGGCUGGGCUGAACGCCAUCCAGACGUACGUGGCCUGGAACUUCCAUGAGCUGCAGCCUGGACGGUACAAUUUCUCCGGGGACCAUGAUGUGGAACAUUUCAUUCAGCUGGCACAUGAGCUGGGACUGCUGGUCAUCCUGAGGCCUGGACCCUACAUCUGUGCAGAGUGGGACAUGGGAGGAUUACCUGCUUGGCUAUUGGAGAAAAAAUCUAUUGUUCUCCGUUCUUCCGAUCCAGAUUACCUUGCGGCUGUGGACAAGUGGCUGGGGGUCCUUCUGCCCAAGAUGAGGCCCCUCCUCUAUAAGAAUGGAGGCCCGAUUAUAACAGUGCAGGUUGAAAAUGAAUAUGGCAGCUACCUCUCCUGUGAUUACGACUACUUGCGUUUCCUACAGAAGCGUUUCCACGACCACCUGGGUGAGGAUGUGCUUCUGUUCACCACGGACGGGGUGAAUGAGAGGUUGCUGCAGUGUGGGGCGCUCCAGGGGCUCUACGCCACCGUGGACUUCAGCCCAGGUACCAACCUCACCGCUGCUUUCAUGCUCCAGAGGAAAUUUGAACCCACAGGACCCCUGAUCAAUUCUGAAUUCUACACUGGAUGGUUAGAUCACUGGGGCCAGCGUCAUUCAACAGUCAGCUCUAAAGCGGUGGCUUUCACCCUUCAUGAUAUGCUUGCUCUUGGGGCAAAUGUAAACAUGUACAUGUUUAUAGGUGGCACCAAUUUUGCCUAUUGGAAUGGAGCCAACACGCCCUACCAACCACAGCCCACCAGCUACGACUAUGAUGCCCCCCUGAGCGAGGCCGGGGACCUCACUGAGAAGUAUUUUGCUCUGCGGGAUAUUAUUCAGAAGUUUGCAAAAGUACCAGAAGGUCCUAUCCCCCCAUCCACACCGAAGUUUGCAUAUGGAAAAGCUGCUCUGAAAAAGUUAAAGACAGUGGAGGAUGCUCUCAACAUCCUGUGUCCCUCUGGACCCAUAAAAAGUGUUUAUCCCUUGACAUUUAUCGAUGUGAAACAGUACUUUGGAUUUGUGCUGUACCGAACAACGCUCCCUCAAGACUGCAGCGACCCUACACCCCUCUCUUCACCACCCAGUGGCGUCCAUGACCGGGCCUACGUCUCUGUGAACGGGGUUGCCCAGGGAGUCCUUGAACGAGAAUCUGUGAUCACCCUGAACAUAACAGGGAAAGCUGGAGCCACCUUGGACCUCCUGGUGGAGAAUAUGGGGCGUGUGAACUAUGGCUCGUCUAUCAAUGAUUUUAAGGGUCUUGUUUCUAACCUGACCCUUGGUUCCAAAACCCUCACCAACUGGGAGAUCUUCCCGCUGGACAUGGAGGAUGCAGUACGCAGUCACCUGGGGACCUGGGGUGGCCGUGACAGGGGCUACCACAAUAAAGCCCGUGCACACAGCCCCCCUACCUAUGCACUCCCAACCUUUUAUGUGGGUAACUUCACUAUUCCCAGCGGGAUCGCAGACUUGCCUCAGGACACCUUUAUCCAGUUUCCUGGAUGGACCAAGGGUCAGGUGUGGAUCAACGGCGUUAACCUCGGCCGCUACUGGCCAGCGCGGGGCCCCCAGAUGACCCUGUUCGUGCCUCAGCACAUCCUGGUGACCUCGACCCCAAACACCAUCGUGGUGCUGGAGCUGGAGUAUGCGCCCUGCCAGGAUGGCGGCCCGGAGCUGUGCACUGUGGAGUUCGUGGACAAGCCGGUUUUUCGCACAGUCCAGACCCACAGACAUGCAAACUAGGAGCAAGACCGACUCCCUGGAACAAAAUCUGUGCCCCUUCAGAAUUCUAGCCUUGCACAUACCUCACCUGUCGCUCAGAAGGCCAGCAUUCACUUCUGAUUGGAAGAUGGGCUAGGCGUGUUCUUACCUAGGUUUCCCUGGCGCCCAGCGGUGCCUGACGCACCCCGUCCAGGCUGCGUGGUCAUGGGGGGUGGGGCUGGUAGCCCAGCAACACAGAGGCAUCCACAGGGUUAGAAGGGAAGCGUUUGAAGUUUUUCUGAUUUUUAUUUUGUUAAGAAUCAUGUAGCCUUUUUAUUAAAUAAAAUUUGUAUUCAAAUGA